ACCGUCUAAGUUUGCUAAAGACAUUAAAUAUGAAGCAAAUUCUCAAUGAGAGUAUGACGUCAAAAUGUCUGAAUCUACAACGACCGGUUUAGGCUUUCCUCUAAGCGAAAUCGUUUGAAAUUACCACCGAGUUCUUCCGUCACAAACCUCUCACGAACGAAUGAAUAACGUGGUGCAACGCGGAGCGCAUGCUGAACGCAACUGCUUAGGUUUGCAAAAAAAAAAAAGUGCUACCGCGAUGCGGCAGUUGUCAGGGGGAUGUCGGAGAGGAGGGGGUGUGAUUGGCUGAAGUGGUACUGUUGCCUUGGCGACGGUAGGGGGGGUACGGAAGCGUUGCCGUGCGGCGUGAUCUCCGCGCUGCGUGGAUGGAGGAAGCAGCUGCUGAUCUUUUGACACAGCGCGAGCGAAAGGCUACUGCAUGAAAGCACGGGAGCUUUGUCGUCGGACGCGACAGUAGAAUGCACGAAUACCCUCCUGGUUUGAUGGGUCCGAUAAUCGGGAUGUCUCCAGAUAAGAAAGCAGAAUCUCCCGGAGCGCAGGGUGUGUGUGGAGCUGGGACGCUACCUGAAGCAGAGAGUGCUUCCAGUCCCAUGGCUACCAGUCUGGACCAGAUUGGUCGGGCUGGAGCAUUGAGUGUGGUGGCGGGUGAGUCUGAAGAUGAUGAAUUAACCAACCUGAACUGGCUUCAUGAGAACCUGCUGCAGAACUUCACGCUCGGAGGUGAAGCGCAACCCAUCAACAGCCCGCUGUUUGACAUCGAGGGAGGCGGUGGGUCGCCACACAGCAACACCACCUCGUCCACCUCCUCUAUCUCUGCAGGAAGCGAGAGAGAUCCUUACAAGUCAAAGCCUCCUUUCUCUUUCUCCUUACUGAUAUACAUGGCUAUCGAACAGUCACCCAGCAAAUCUCUUCCAGUGAAGGACAUCUAUGGCUGGAUCCUCAAACAUUUUCCAUAUUUCUCCAGCGCCCCUACUGGCUGGAAGAACUCAGUGCGCCACAACCUGUCUCUCAACAAGUGCUUCCGCAAAGUAGAGCGAAGCAUAGGAAAGACCAAUGGGAAAGGCUCUCUGUGGUGUGUUCACCCCGAGUUCCGGCCCAUGCUGAUGCAAGCCCUGAAGAAACAGCACUUCCCGAAUGCACAUGCCUUCUGCACUCCUCCUGCCUCCCCUCCUAGUGCCUCGUCUCCUCCUCAUCACCUUUUCACAUCAGAGCAGUGCUGUGCCCUAAAAGAAUGUGAUUUUGAUGCUGCCACUGCCAUGAUGCUGUUAAAGUCUGCCUCUGAGCAGAACAUUGACUCGUACCCAGAUGAUCAAGAAGGACCCAUAGAUCUCUCCCGAAGGGACUUGGUGGUUGUGAGUCGGGAUCCAAAGCAGGAUCACAACUACAGCAGCACCCCUGUCCCGCCCUGCCCUCGCCAGAUGCCUCCUUCACAACCGGUCAGCUUCAGUCUGGCUCUACACCACGAUCAGGAGAGAGGAGGCGGGGCUCGAUGGCCACGCAGCCCGCUACAGGCUCCACUUUUAGGAAAGAGGAGCAGAAGAGAUCCUCGUCCAGAUGUGGAUGAGGAGCUCAAGGAGGCAGCCGGCUCGCUCUUACACCUGGCUGGUAUUCGCACCAGUUUAGUCGCCUCAAGACGCAAGAGCAGGAAACUCAGUAGGAAAUGAACCCGAUUCUGUGACUCCAUCCUGUGGCCUGCCCAACCUCUCUCUUCUGGUUUGGUGUAUCUUCCUUCUUGUUUGUAAUUGUUGGGGUGUUUUCUUUCCUUUCGUCUUUUUAACUGGGAUGACGUCCCGGUCCACUCAUCAAACAUGGCAAUACAAACACAGGAGAGAAAAGCCAUACUGACAUAUUUUAUGUACAGAAAAAGAAUCCAAUUUGAAUGAACAGCCCACAUCAUUUGAGUUUAACGGUAUGAGAGUUUGAAGAUGUUAACCGUAAAAAAACUAAAAAAAAAAAACUUUAAGAUUUGCAUGCUUCCACUUCUAAAUCAACACAAACUUAUUUAUAUGGAAAUGAAUGCAUGGAUUUUACAAGCUCCCAAGAUCUCGCACUUCUUAACCAUAGAGAGAAAAAGCUUAAAAAAAAAAAA